AUGGACGGCUAUCUCCAAACCCUGCUGGGACCGAGCCGCGAGGUGCAUGGAUCCAAGAUGGCGCCUGUCUCCCCUGCUUCCUCCUGCUCAGAGCAGGAACAGCCUACGCUGGCUGAUAUUGGGGAGGAGAUCAGGAGACUUGCAGCCAACAUGGUAACUAAAUCUGACCUGCAGUCCCUGACCACCACUCUCACGGCAUCCCUCACAUCCGCGGUCACCGCACUGCGCACGGACCUAGAAGCACAAGAAGGGCGCAUCCAGGCCCUGGAAACCCAGGCCCAAGCUACACAACAACAGGCUUCAGCAACAGACACAGCCCUAACAAGACAGGGCAACAUGUUACUGUUCCUGCGCAG